UGGUACGGCUACUUCUACACGCUCAUCAUGUUCCUCGCGGCCGUCCUGCAGACGUUCGUCAUGCAGCAGUACUUCCAUCGCUGCUUCCUCGUCGGCAUGCGCCUUCGCACGUCCGUCAUCGCCGUCGUCUACAAGAAGGCACUGAUAAUCUCGAACGCAGCACGACGAACGUCAACCGUCGGUGAGAUUGUCAACCUGAUGUCAACGGAUGCACAACGACNUCUUUUGCGCAACGCCAUCUUGUACCCGGUCUCUCUGGACAAUCGGCAUUGCGAUAGGGAUGUUAUAAAAAUGCUGCUUGUGGCUCCGAUCGUCAUUGACAACGCGACGUUUACGUGGUCACACUCCGUCAGCCCGACGCUGUCUAACAUCAAUCUGACAGUUCGAACUCACAGCCUGGUGGCCAUCGUCGGUACCGUCGGGUCGGGCAAGUCGUCGCUCGUCAGCGCCCUCCUGGGGGAGAUGGAGAAAGUAUACGGCGACAUCAACGUGAAGGCAGUCGAGCCGAUCUGGGUUGAUGAUAAUCAUUGCAUGAUCAUCACCUGCACCGGGCCGCCGGGUCGCCCUACGUUCCACAAGCCAGGCUUGCAUUCAGAAUGUUCACGCUGCAAGGCAUACACAUUGUGUUUGAGACAAGCUGCUGCACACGCGGCCCGAUACAAGGAGCUCUUAGAGGCAUGUGCGCUUGGACGCCGAGGACCCGACCUAGAGAUCCUUCCUGCUGGGGACCAGACUGAGAUAGGGGAGAAGGGUAUUAAUCUAAGUGGGGGACAGAAGCAGCGGGUGAGCCUGGCGCGGGCUGUUUACAGUGAUGCUGACAUCUUUCUACUCGAUGACCCCCUCAGUGCGGUCGACGCUCACAUCAAUCAGAUGAAGGCUAAGGACAGCAGGAUCAAGCUGAUGAACGAGAUAUUGAACGGCAUCAAGGUGUUGAAGCUGUAUGGAUGGGAGCCACCUUUCCAGCGCAAGGUCACCGACGUACGCGAGGGGGAGCUGAAGCUGCUGCGAAACACCAACUACCUCAGCGCAUUCCUAGACUUCAUGUGGUUCUGCGCUCCCGUGCUGGCAGGCAUCUUUGUGCUGGGGGCCUCCCUCACCCGUGCUGCCGGGAUUCUCCUUGCCUCGCGCAGCCUCCACAGAAACAUGCUGGCCAACGUUCUCCGAUCUCCCAUAUCAUUCUUCGACACGACCCCACUCGGUCGAAUAGUCAAUAGGUUUUCGCAGGACAUUAAUUCGGUGGAUAACGAAAUUCCGCACAUAUUCGGCAUGUUGAUCGAGUGCACCUGUCAGGUGAUCACCACGUUGUUCGCGAUCAGCUUCAGCACGCCGCCGUUCAUCAUCGUCAUUCCAUUCCUUGCUGUCAUCUACUUGUUUGUGCAGGUGAGACUUAAACAUGGCCGCCGCCACACACGUUAUUCCAUUCCUCAACCUCAUCUGUGUCUGUGUCUGUGUGCAGGUGAGACUUAA